AUGCAUUGAAAACAUUGACUUUUCGGACACAUACCUACAGAGCGAGUCUUUGAGACAACCGUGUGUAGUGUGUACAUGUUUUUCUCUCCCCUACAAGGUACACACCCUUUUUCUCAACAGGAGUUAAGACACACAGUACUUCUCUACUACAGCCUCCGAAUCCUUAGCUUUUUUCCUUAAUUUAGACAAUGGAUUCUGAUGAGGCACCACCACAAGUUAGAGGGUUUGUAAUAAUCACUCUUCCACCACCAGACAACCCAUCACUAGGCAAAACCAUCACUGCUUUCACUAUCUCCAACAACACUACUGGUACUAUUCCUCAAACCCCAACCCAAACUCAACAACAACCACAACCCCAUCACAACAACAAUGAUCCACAAGACCCUCGUCCACCCCAGCAACCAGAAUCAGUACCAAAUCCACAGGUUCAUCUUCCACCCACAGUUAGCAGAAGCUUCAUUAUCAAUCCAAGAAAGCUAUUGGCCUUUCUGGGUAUCUCUCUAUUGGCUUUGGUCCUUUAUGGUUCAGUAUCUUCUCCGAUCGUCCAGGAUUUGCGUGACACAGAGGAUGAUGAUGAAGAUGAUAAACCCGGAUCGAUUCUCUUGCCUUUGUACAGAAAAUGGAGGACUCCACAAAAGGGUUUGGAACUUAAACUAGGGAGUUUUGUGGAUAUGGAUAAAGGGGAUUUGGUUUCUAUAAUUGAGGAUGAGGUAGGAGACCCCAAGACAAACAAUUUGCUUGCUUCUAACAAAAAAGUUGAUCCCUCUUCCAUUUUACCUGUUAGAGGCAAUGUGUAUCCAGAUGGAUUGUAUUACACAUACAUACUUGUUGGGGAUCCUCCAAAGCGUUAUUUUCUUGACAUAGAUACUGGGAGUGACUUAACAUGGAUUCAGUGUGAUGCUCCUUGCAUUAGCUGUGCCAAGGGGGCAAAUGCUUUGUACAAGCCAACAAAAGACAACAUACUACCCUCCAAGGACUUGUUGUGCAUGGAAGUUCAGAGACAUCAAGCAGCUGGAUAUUGUCAAAGUUGCCAACAAUGUGACUAUGAGAUUCAGUAUGCAGAUCAAAGCUCCUCUGUGGGGGUUCUGGCAAGAGAUGAGCUUCAUCUACUUAUGGAAAAUGGAUCAUGGACCAAUUUGAAUCUUGUUUUCGGGUGUGCAUAUGAUCAGAAAGGCUUACUUUUGAGUACUCUGGCAAAGACAGAUGGAAUCCUUGGGCUAAGCAGGUCUAAAGUUAGCUUACCUUCCCAGUUGGCAAGAAAGGGAAUCAUUAAAAAUGUACUUGGUCAUUGCCUCACUAUUGAUGGAGCUGGCGGGUAUUUGUUCUUAGGUGAUGAUUUUGUACCGCAGUGGGGUAUGUCAUGGGUUCCUAUGCUUAAUGGCCUUUCAAUGGAUUUUUAUCAUUCAGAGAUUAUGAAAAUGAAUUAUGGAAGUAGGCGUCUCCGCUUAGGUGUUCCAGACAGCAGCGUAGGACCAGUAAUUUUUGAUAGUGGUAGUUCUUACACAUAUUUUUUGCAACAAGCAUAUUCCGAUUUAGUUGCUUCUCUUGAAGAAGUUUCUGGGUUAGGACUCAUCCAAGAUACGUCAGAUUUAACGUUGCCGAUUUGUUGGAAAGCAGAAUCCCCAAUCAGAUCUGUCAAGGAUGUCAAGCAUUUCUUUAAGACUUUAACCCUUCAGUUUUGGAGCACAUGGUGGAUUGGCUCCACAAAACUUCAAAUUCCUCCUGAGGGCUACUUGAUUAUUAGUGACAAAGGCAACGUCUGCUUGGGUAUCCUUGAUGGAAGCAAAGUACAUGAUGGAUCAACGAUUAUACUUGGAGACAUCUCAUUGCGUGGGAAACUGGUCAUAUAUGACAAUGUAAAGCAUAAAAUUGGAUGGCAACCAUCAGACUGCAUCAGGUCACGAAAAUUUAAAUCUCUUCUGCCCUUUUGGGGAGAAGGGACUUCGUAGUUAGUAUGGGACGAAGUAGACCAGCUUCCUUUGUACAUACCGGCUUUAAGCUUUUGCUGCUCUUUUUGUAUAUAUUCUAUGAAGUAGUUUAUGUGAACUAUGCACGUCUCAACGCUCUUGUCUAUGAUAUGUAAGUAUGAAUGUAAAUAAAUAAAAAUUUUCUGGACCAUGAAACAUAUUCUGUAUGUAUUUUGUUAAUGAUGAUGUAAUAUAUUGUUCUUUAGGAUAAUAA